CUGCGCGAGCGAGCGGGCGGGCGGGAGCUGCCCGCGGCCGGCGCCAUGGGCAACGCGGGCAGCGUGGACUCGCAGCAGACCGACUUCAGGGCGCACAACAUGCCGCUCAAGCUGCCGAUGCCGGAGCCGGGGGAGCUGGAGGAGCGCUUCGCCGUCGUGCUGAAUGCAAUGAACUUGCCACCUGACAAAGCCAGGCUACUGCGGCAAUAUGACAAUGAGAAGAAAUGGGAGCUGAUCUGCGAUCAGGAAAGGUUUCAAGUGAAGAAUCCGCCACAUACAUACAUCCAGAAACUGAAGGGCUAUCUUGAUCCAGCUGUGACCAGGAAGAAAUUCAGAAGACGAGUCCAAGAAUCUACACAAGUACUGCGAGAACUGGAAAUUUCUUUAAGAACAAAUCAUAUUGGAUGGGUCAGAGAGUUUUUGAAUGAAGAGAACAAAGGGCUGGAUGUUCUGGUGGAAUAUUUGUCAUUUGCACAGUACGCUGUCACUUUUGACUUUGAAAGCUUGGAGAACAAUGUAGAAAACUCAAUGGAUAAAUCCAAACCUUGGAGUCGUUCCAUUGAAGACCUGCACAGAGGAAGUAACUUACCUUCUCCAGUUGGCAGUAGCAUUUCCCGGUCUGGCAGGCAUUCUACUCUACGGUAUAAUACCUUGCCUAGCAGAAGAACACUAAAAAAUUCAAGAUUAGUGAGUAAAAAAGACGAUGUUCAUGUCUGCAUCAUGUGUUUACGUGCCAUUAUGAAUUACCAGUAUGGUUUCAAUAUGGUCAUGUCACAUCCACAUGCUGUUAAUGAAAUUGCACUGAGUCUGAACAACAAGAAUCCCAGAACAAAAGCCCUCGUCUUAGAACUGUUAGCAGCUGUUUGUCUUGUCAGAGGAGGACAUGAAAUCAUUUUAUCUGCCUUUGAUAACUUUAAGGAGGUUUGUGGGGAGAAACAGCGCUUUGAGAAGCUGAUGGAACAUUUCCGAAAUGAAGACAACAAUAUAGACUUCAUGGUGGCAUGUAUGCAGUUCAUCAACAUUGUUGUCCACUCAGUAGAGGACAUGAAUUUCCGAGUUCAUCUCCAGUAUGAAUUUACCAAAUUAGGCCUGGAUGAAUAUUUGGACAAGCUGAAACACACAGAGAGUGACAAACUACAGGUGCAGAUUCAAGCUUACUUGGACAAUGUGUUUGAUGUUGGAGCUUUGCUUGAAGAUGCUGAAACCAAGAAUGCAGCUUUGGAAAGGGUUGAAGAACUGGAAGAAAAUAUUUCUCAUUUAUCGGAAAAACUACAAGACACAGAGAAUGAAGCUAUGGCAAAGAUUGUGGAACUGGAAAAACAGCUUAUGCAAAGAAACAAAGAACUGGACGUAGUUCGAGAAAUUUACAAAGAUGCAAAUACCCAGGUUCAUACAUUGAGAAAAAUGGUCAAAGAAAAGGAAGAAGCCAUCCAGCGGCAGUCAACCCUGGAGAAAAAAAUCCAUGAACUGGAGAAGCAAGGGACCAUUAAAAUUCAGAAGAAAGGUGAUGGUGACAUCUCUAUUCUUCCUGUUGCGGUGGCUUCUGGAACAUUACCACCAGGGUCAGAAGCUACAGCUGGCACUUGCAUGGGACCAAUUACUGGGGCUACAUCCUCAGUACCAUUGCCACCGCCUCCACCACUGUUACCAUCAGCAUCUGAUGCAGUACAAAAUGGUCCUGUGACAGCACCUAUGCCACCUCCUCCUCCCCCACCACCUCCACCCCCACCUCCACCUCCACCUCCACCGCCUCCUCUUCCUGGUCCAGCAGCAGAAACAGUGCCAGCUCCUCCGCUUCCACCCCCACCUCCACCAUCGGCACCCCCUCUGCCAGGAACAGCUUCCCCCACGGUGGUUUUCAACUCAGGAUUAGCAGACGGGCCAAUCAAGCUUUUCUCUGUGAAGAUCAAGAAGCCAAUCAAGACAAAGUUCCGCAUGCCAGUCUUUAAUUGGGUAGCUCUUAAACCCAAUCAGAUUAAUGGGACAGUCUUCAAUGAAAUUGAUGAUGAAAGGAUCCUAGAGGAUUUAAAUGUGGAUGAAUUUGAAGAAAUAUUUAAGACAAAAGCACAAGGGCCAGCUAUUGAUCUUUCGUCAAGCAAGCAAAAGAUCACUCAAAAAGGGUCAAACAAGGUCACAUUAUUGGAUGCAAAUAGGGCCAAAAAUCUUGCCAUCACUUUAAGGAAAGCUGGAAAGACAGCAGAUGAAAUAUGCAAAGCUAUUCAUGUAUUUGACCUGAAGACGUUGCCAGUUGAUUUUGUUGAAUGCUUGAUGCGAUUCUUACCUACUGAGAAUGAAGUGAAAGUGUUACGGCUCUAUGAGCGGGAAAGGAAACCUAUUGAGAAUCUGUCUGAUGAAGAUCGGUUCAUGAUGCAGUUCAGUAAGAUAGAGCGGCUAAUGCAGAAGAUGACUAUCAUGGCCUUCAUAGGCAACUUUGCAGAAAGUAUCCAGAUGCUGACACCGCAACUACAUGCAAUAAUAGCUGCAUCUGUCUCAAUAAAGUCAUCCCAAAAGCUCAAAAAAAUACUGGAGAUAAUCUUGGCCCUUGGUAACUACAUGAACAGCAGUAAAAGAGGAGCAGUUUAUGGAUUUAAACUACAGAGUUUAGAUUUGCUAUUAGAAACAAAGUCAACAGACAGAAAACAAACAUUGUUGCACUAUAUAUCCAACGUUGUGAAAGAGAAGUAUCAACAUGUUUCCCUCUUUUACAAUGAACUUCAUUACGUGGAGAAGGCAGCUGCAGUGUCACUUGAAAAUGUCCUGCUGGAUGUAAAGGAACUCCAGAGAGGCCUGGAACUGACCAAGCGAGAAUACACUAUGCAUGACCACAAUACUAUGCUGAAGGAGUUUAUUCAAAACAAUGAAGGAAAACUAAAGAAACUGCAAGAUGAUGCAAAAAUAGCACAGGAUGCCUUUGAUGAUGCUGUGAAAUAUUUUGGGGAGAAUCCCAAAACAACCCCUCCAUCAGUCUUCUUUCCAGUCUUUGUCCGAUUUGUAAAAGCCUACAAGCAAGCAGAAGAGGAGAAUGAGCUGAGAAAAAAGCAAGAACAGGCUUUAAUGGAAAAACUUCUGGAGCAAGAAGCAUUGAUGGAGCAACAGGACCAAAAGUCUCCUUCCCAUAAAACAAAGAGACAGCAGCAAGAGCUAAUUGCAGAGCUAAGACGACGGCAAGUCAAAGAUAAUAGGCACGUGUAUGAGGGGAAAGAUGGUGCCAUCGAAGAUAUUAUAACAGCCCUAAAGAAGAAUAAUAUCACUAAAUUUCCAAAUGUUCACUCGAGGAUCUUAGAAACCAGCCCUACCGACGAGCCGAUGCGGUGAGGAGAAGUGUUCGACGACGCUUUGAUGAUCAGAACUUGCGCUCUGUAAAUGGUGCUGAAAUAACCAUGUGAGCUGGAGACCUGCAUGUGUAAAGUAGAGGGUGUGCUUGAAUGAUACUUGUCCACGUGAACUCUAUGUGCUACCAUUUAAUUACAACCUGGAACACAGUCAAAAUUACCUUCUAAAGGGCUCAGACAUAGAAAAUGCAUAGGAACGUAAAAGCGAUGGGCUCUCCACUCAACCAUAGCUAACAAGUGCCUAAAAUUGAAGUACCUACUCAAAUUAAUCAAAGCAAUAGGACUUGAUUUGAUUGGGUAUCUUUGUACACCAAUACAUUAUUCAGUAUUUUUAACCAAAAUGUAAAAUACAUGUUGUAUUCUCUCUCUCUCUUUUGUUGUUAUUGUUGUUACAUGCAAUUUAGUGGUUGGUCUUCAAUAGCCCUAUUUGGUUUCCUGAUAGGCUGUAAAUAAGUAUUACUUGGAUGCCAUCUGCUGUGGACUCAAGCUUUUAAAUGCAUUCCUGUGCUGUCUGCUAAGGAAUUAACCUUAAGCUUCAGCUGCACUUACUAGCUUUUAUAUAUAAAGGCUUACAGUGUGUAAGAAGGAAAGAGUUACAAACAUAACUAGCUUUUUUAUCAUACAGAGAUUCCGCAUCAGUGUAAAUAGGAUGUGAGAACCUGUCAUUCGGUGAACAUGUGGUUUAUAUCAAAUGAACACCUAUUCUUUUUAUAUGCCAGUGUGCAAUGUGGGGAAGCAUCACGAGGGAGGGAGACUUAGAAAAUAUGAAUGCAUUGCAAAGUUACAUGAAAUGAGAAUGUUGUAUAAGAUUUAUUCACUAUGGUCUUCAGAUAGAGGCAGCUUUGGAAUAAGUGUAUUUAUUAAUUAGCACUAAGAUAUUAACAUCUCAAUAAUCAGUAUUAGGAUUUCUGAGGACCAUUGCUGUUCAGUUAUUAGCACAGUGAAAUAAUCUUGUGCCCACUAGAGAGGAUGUUAAAAUUCCAUCUACAAGCCUAGUUUGCAUCAUUUGGUGAAAACAGUAACCCCCUCACUAGGUUUUUCCUUGACAAUCGAAUUCAGAUCACAUAAUGUAAAGGCACACGUAUUCAAAUGGAGUCAGCUUCCAACUUUUCAGUAGCUGCAGCUAUGUUGGUUACAUUCAAAACUUUAAAAUGGAGCUGUAUGCAUUAAGCAUGGCACCAUUACUAGGUACCUACUGGUUCAGAUCACCCUUGAGCUGUAAUGGAAUUUUGUCUGAUCCUGUCAUGGCAGGGCACAAGACCUGCUCCAAAGUCGAGAACUGGACUGAAGGUAAACUUGUACUUUCAGAGGAGAUGCAUUUUGCUUAUAGCUUAUCUUUCCUGGAAGCAUUGCCACACUAUGUUAAUUGUAAAAUUUACUGUAUAGUAUUUAACCACUGAGUUUCUUUUCUUUUAUGUUGUGCUUUAUGUGAACCACUGGUGAAGGUCCCCUUUUCCUUGGAUAAUGUGUAGUUAUAUGAUAAUCUGUUUUUAAAUGUACAGAUAUUUUGCUACAAAAUUGGUGCAGUUUUUUAUGGUUUUUACACUUCUCUAAUUCCCACUUUAGCCUCUGGGUAAUACUGUAAAUAUUGUUUAAAAAUGCAUUGGCCUGUGCUAUACAAUCUGAAUGUUAUUUUAACUUAUAGUUUUGUUUUGUUUUUAUAUUUAACUAAAUGAACAGUUUGCGGCUCAGAGUUACCACAUUGACUUCCGCUUACCUAUUUACCAAACUUUUACAUUAAAACUGCCACCUGUUCUCACUUACAGCUAUGUGUACUUGACAUGCUAAAGAGAACAUGCCAAGAUUGCCUCUUUCUUCACUGACAGUGACAGAAGUUUUCAAAUCUGUACAAGAAACAAUCAGUUUGGCAAAGUGAUUCAAGAAGUUAUUAGUCAAAUGGUCAAAAGCAUUUUCUCAAAAUGUAAACUUGAAAGGAUCUUGUAACUUAAUCCUUGACAGCAAAUAAUGUUACCAGACAGGAGGACUGUAAUACUGGCAUGUUCUCUUUAAUGUUUUUCUAGUAAUAGAUCUGCUUCCUAGCAAUAUUAGAAGUGUUUUAUAAAAGCAGUUCAUGUUACUUUUCUGGUCUGUUCCUGGCAUAUGAUCAAAUAAACUAUUUACACUACUA